AUGACCGUUUCCUCCUGCAACAGAAAGAAGGUUCUUUUCAUCGGAGACUUGAACAGAGACCUUGCCGAGUAUCAGCGUUUCAGCGAAAAGUACGAAUGUAUCCAUUACUCGAUUCCUGCCACCAAGGAAGAGAUGAUUGAAGCUUUCAAGACAAAAUUCAGCGACAUCGAUGCCAUUUACGGCGCGUGGCUCGGCUUUGUGCCAUACAAAGGGUUCAAGGGUGACUUGUUGGUGGCUGCUCCUCCUUCCCUUAAAGUCAUCUCCAUCUGCUCUGUGGGCCACGAUGCGUAUGAUGGUAACCAUAUGAAGAAAAGAGGCAUGGUGUUGACCAAUGUGCCAUCCAAUGGCGCUGCCGAGCCCGUGGCCGAUUUGGUGCUCUUUAACACCUUGGCGGCGUUCCGUAACUUCACCUUGUCCACGAAAGGUCUUCUGCCCGAGUUGAACCACACCGUGCAAGUGAGAAAUGCACAAAGCGUAGCCGAAUUUUCUCCAAAAACGGGGAAGCUUUCUGUUUUGAAGCUGCAGCCGGGCUACUCCUUUGGACACCAUAUAGCCAACCGGCCAUGCGCCAACCCAAGAGAUCACCACGCAGUGAUUGUGGGUUUUGGCAACAUCGGCCGCACCAUUGCCCAGAGAUUGAGUCUGAUUGGCAUGCACAUCCACUAUGUCAAAAGAAGCAAGCUCAGUGAGACCGAAGAAAAAGAGUUGGGCUACCCAGUCCAAUACCAUGCUACCCUUGAAGAUGCCGCCGAGGUUGCUGACUUGGUGGUCAUUGCUUGCCCUGCCAGCCCCGAAACCUAUAGACUACUCAACAAGAGCGCAUUUGAUAAAUUUGCCAAACCUUUGAGGGUCAUCAAUAUUGGCCGUGGGCCGGUGAUUGACGAACAGGCCUUGGUGGAUGCCUUGAAGGAAGGAAAGGUAGUCUUUGCGGGUCUUGAUGUUUUCGAGAACGAGCCCGCUGUGCACCCGGAGUUGUAUGGACGUGACGACGUCAUUUUGACUCCUCACAUUGGUGCUUCGACGGUUGAGAAUUUCGACUACACGGCUAUUUCUGCUAUGGAGAACAUUGACGCAGUGUUGGAGGGAAAGGAGGCUAUAUUCCCUGUCAACUAA